AUGGCACUGAUGAAAGUCAAAUUCGACCAGAAGAAGAGGGUCAAAUUAGCCCAGGGGCUCUGGCUUAUGAACUGGCUUUCAGUGCUGACUGGAAUCAUUCUCUUCAGCCUGGGAAUAUUCCUCAAGAUUGAGCUCAAGAAGAGAAGUGAGGUAAUGAACAACUCGGAGAGCCAUUUUGUGCCCAACUUCCUGGUUGGGGUAGGGGUGCUGGCUUGCAUCUUCAAUGCUCUUGGGGGAAAGAUCUGUUAUGAUGCUCUAGACCCUGCAAAAUACUCCAAAUGGAAGACAUGGUUGAAGCCCUUCUUGAUCAUCUGUGUUCUGUUCAACAUCCUCCUCUUCUUGGUUUCUCUUUUCUGCUUCCUGAUGAGGGGCUCCCUGGAGAGUACCCUGGCCCAUGGGCUCAAGAAUGGCAUGAAGUACUAUAGGGACACGGACACCCCAGGUCGGUGCUUCAUGAAGAAGACUAUUGACAUGCUACAGAUUGAGUUCAGGUGCUGUGGAAACAAUGGCUUCCGGGACUGGUUUGAAGUCCAAUGGAUCAGCAACCGAUAUCUGGACUUUGCCUCCAAAGAAGUUAAAGAUCGCAUUAAGAGCAAUGUGGAUGGCCGCUACUUGGUGGACGGCGUCCCCUUCAGCUGCUGCAACCCCAAUUCUCCACGGCCCUGCAUACAGACCCAGCUCACCAACAACUCUGCGCACUACAGCUACGACUACCAGACUGAGGAACUCAACUUGUGGGUCCGGGGCUGCCGGGAGGCCCUGCUCCAUUACUACAGCAGUAUGAUGAACACCAUGGGUGCCAUCGUGCUCCUCGUCUGGCUCUUUGAGGUGACUAUCACGGUUGGACUGCGCUACCUACAUACAGCCCUGGAAAGCGUGGCCAAUCCUGAGGACGCUGAGUGCGAAAGUGAAGGCUGGCUGCUGGAGAAGAGUGUAUCGGAGACCUGGAAAUCCAUCCUGGAGAGUUUGAAAAAACUUGGCAAAGGCAGCCAGGUGGAAGCAGAGGGUGGUGAAGGUGGCCAGGCCCCAACAGCCAGCUGA